CGUCAAUAGAGCAGCAAACCUCAGAGAGGUUCUGCUUCUAUUUUUUUAUAUUAUAGUAUUUAUUUUAAAAACCAUUUUCUUUGGGGACCACAGCGGCUGGCGCCGGCAGGAGCUCUCUGUAUAAUAAACACCACCCCAUGAUGUGGAUGUGAAGGGAAGCCGGCCAUUAGCCCAGCCCCCUCUCAGAGCUGGGCUCAGACCACUUGAGACAGUGAGUCUCAAGUGGGACCAUGGUCCAGGGACCAGCCAGGGACCAGGGACCAGCUAGGGACCAGGGACCAGCUAGGGACCAGGGACCAGCCAGGGACCAGCGAAGGACCAGGGACCAGUCAGGGACCAGGGACCAGCUUGGGACCAGGGACCAGCCAGGGACCAGCGAAGGACCAGGGACCAGUCAGGGACCAGGGACCAGCUUGGGACCAGGGACCAGCCAGGGACAAGGGACCAGCUAGGGACCAGGGACCAGCCAGGGACAAGGGACCAGCUAGGGACCAGGGACCAGCCAGGGACAAGGGACCAGCUAGGGACCAGGGACCAGCCAGGGACCAGGGUCCAGCUAGGGACCAGGGUCCAGCUAGGGACCAGGGAACAGCCAGGGACCAGGGUCCAGCUAGGGACCAGGGUCCUCCCUGGACCAGGGGACCAGGGCCCAGCCCCAGGGCUCAGGUCAGAUGGGGAGGUGAGGAGAGGAUCAGAAAAAGUGUUUUUUGUUUUUGCUGUCCUUCAUGGUUUGGCUAUUCUAAUUGUUCUUGUUGUUGUAGUUGUGUUUGAAAAUGAAAGUAAAAUACUUACCUUCAAAAAGAGGAAAUGGUUGGAGUACAACGUGAAGUAACCAAUGCAAGAGCAAGGCAUCAUGGAAACAGCAUUGAAGUCUUGAUGGAGUGGGGACUAUCAGGCGUGGGGAGGUUUACUGUUUCGACCCCUCUGGCUUUGCCCUGCAAUCAUGAACUUGCCAACAAAAUCACCUCCACAGUUAUUAGGAUAAGCUGUUUUAAAACCAUUCCCAUUUUCUUUAAAGAUAUCUUAUCUCAUCCUCGUUAACUACACCCACGCCCGCAUCGCUCAGACACAGACAGGCCUGGGAGAAGGUUUUACAACCUGCAGCGAAUCGACUCUAUGAUCCGUUAUUCCGUUCCCUGUUUCUCUGUUCUGUAGGCCUUCUUAUCAGUUGGCCCCGCUUGAUGCUGUGAUAGGCCGAUGAUUCAUAUUAUAUUUCUAUACUCUGUGAAAACAGUGUGACUGUAAAGAUAUUAUCUAAUUAGCUAUGGAUUGCAACGUGAAAGUCCAUGUCCAACAUUUGCAAAUCGGCAAAAAGUGUGGAAAUCAGCAAUUUAAAAAAAAAGAUCAAGCUAAUUCAAAACGGCCGUGCCUCUACCAUCUUAACCCUGAGUGGAGUCCGGUUGGACGGUUCACCCUUGGGAUGGUUGAGGCUGAACCCAAAGAGAGAGGCCGUGCUAGCUCCGUACGGGUAGCAGACCGGUCGCAGAGACAACAUGAUCACAGCUGAUGAUCCCAUAUUCAGGCCACGGGUCAUGGAAGCACACUCUUAACAUCGCCACGGUAACUGGUGGACGGGGCCAUGAGGUCCGCCCACCACACACUGCAGGCAUGUUAAGAGUGAGCGAUGGACUAAAUGGAUCGGAGCAUAAAUACAGUGAGUCCGCGAGGAGGUGUUUAGCGCGAGAGGUUCUUAAGCGUUAGCACAAAUGGUCCUGACUCAGCUUCUGGCUGGAGGACUGAAGAGGCAAUGGAAAAGUUUGAGAGGCCAUCCGAGAAUGUUGGCCGCGCACACGUGUGUGUGUGUGUGUGUGUGUGUGUGUGUGUGUGUGUGUGUGUGUGUGUGUGUGUGUGUGUGUGUGUGUGUGUGUGUGUGUGUGUGUGUGUGUGUGUGUGUGUGUGUGUGUGUGUGUGUGUGUGUGCGUGUGUGUGUGUGUCUGUGUGAGUGUGUGUGUGUGUAUUUGAGCUUGUUAUAUAUCCAUCUGAGAUGCCAGAAACUCAGCUUUGAGUUGUGUGGCUCACCUGUUUAUGAUAGAAAACGUUAAACCUGUCCUGUGUAAUGUUGUAACUUGGAGGUGGAAUGUUUUAUUCCCGGAGUAUCUCUAGAAAGCGGCAUGGAUCGACACGAAAUAAAAAAUAAAUAAUGGAAAAUUAGAAGUAGGACACUACAGAGCCAUUAGACUGAAAAACAGCAAAACGGUUGAAUAUAUGAUCUCUGAUUACGGCUUGUCUUGACAUCACUUCCUGUACACUCAAGAUUUCCUGCCACUGGUCGAACCAAACCAAAUGGACCUCUUCUGUUAUUUCUAAAUUCAAGUGGACCGCAGGGUCGUAUUCAUCAUAAAUCCCUCCAGGGUAUUAGCGCAUACCGCGGUCAACGCCUUUAGCUCUGAAACGACGCAGCGUUGUCAGUUGUAAGUGGCGGCGUUUUUUUCUGCCUUGAACGUGUACACGGCGCACACAUCUGCUGGCUUCCAGAGACCUUGUUGAACCCAUACCCCGGUCCUGCUCUGCAUCACGCUGGGACAACAGAGCCCUCUAGACCGGCCCUCUGCGUCCGUGCUCCCUGUGUGUGAGAUGCUUUCCCCACUCGUGUCUCCGUAUUGAGUGUGUUUCUCAUGGUUUUAGAGAAGGUUCCCUCUUGUGACCAGGAGAGACAGAGCGCCCUAGAAGAAGCCCGCCAGAACCCGCGCGAGGCCAUCUUCAUCCCCGACUGCGGGUCCGCUGGCCUCUACAAGCCCGUCCAGUGCCACCAGUCCACAGGCUACUGCUGGUGUGUACUGGUGGACACGGGACGGCCCAUCCCAGGGACCUCCACCAGUCAACCAGAAACAAUGUAUCAGGCCCCAGAGUGUGACAGCAACGCUCGCUCCCAUGUGUCCGACACGGAGGACCCCUUCCAGGGCCGCGAACUCACAGGCUGCCCCGAAGGGAAGAAGGGGGAAUUCAUUACAAGCCUGUUGGAUGCGCUCACCACAGACAUGGUGCAAGCCAUAAACUCACCAGCCCCAUCUGGUGGUGGGAGGUUUGUGGAGCCGGACCCCAACCACACCCUGGAGGAGAGGGUGGUUCACUGGUACUUCGCCCAGCUGGACAACAACGGCAGCCAGGACAUCAACAAGAAGGAGCUGAAGCCCCUGAAGAGGUACCUGAAGAAGAAGGCCAAGCCCAAGAAGUGCGCCCGCCGCUUCACCGACUACUGCGACCUGAACCGAGACAAGGCCAUCUCCCUGGCCGAGCUCAAGGGCUGCCUGGGGGUCAGCAAGGAGAAUGCGUCGUCAAGCACUGCGAACCAGGGGACAAGGCAAGGGACCAACCUGUUCAAGUGCAGGCCGUUCCAAUUGGCUGUCGGGUAACCCAGGGUGACCGUCAUCCCGGCGUCAGCCAGUGGGUCGUCUGGUUUGAUCAGGGAAGCUUCCAGAAGCUGAGGGGAGCAGAGGCCACAGGUGGAAGACAUCUGCACCUGGAGAGAAGACUCAAGGAGAAGACCAGCGAGAGAAGGAGAAGAAAAUAAAAAACAGAAUUAAAAGUAGAUAUCGAAGCGGCACCAAAAUAUUUGCACUUUCGCCUACCAAUGUGUUACUUUUUUUUCAUCCCUUCCUUUUCGACCUGCGUUGUGAAGCUAAUUUUACUUUUGUAUGUGAAUAACUCGCCUGCAUAAGACGUGUGGAUUAUGCAGGGCACUUGAAACAAGGACUUACAAUGUGUAUCUUUUUGUGUUCUUGCUUGUCUCUACUCUGUGGGAUAACAUUUUAAAUAACGCCAACAGUAAUCAUAUUCAACUUGGGAUGUUAACCAGCAACGGCCCUUACCUUAAAAAACAGAGGGCAGGAUAAAGAUUGGAAGUGAUUGGUGCCAAUCAGAGACAACCUGCGAUAACCAGUUUCACCAGAAGUGGCGCUAUUGCUAGUAUUGGUCUCAACGUGUGUGUAUAGCAUAGCGUAGCUGUUUGGCAUUUACCGACCACUGAAAAAUAGCUGUCAUAGUGAUUCUAAACUACAUGUUCUUCGACACAGAGAACUACAGUUGCCAUCUAAAGCCCUUUGUCUUUGAUCACAACUUUAAAAAAAAUUGUUUUAAUCAGGAUGGUAGUCCUAUUCUUCUUAAAAAAAUGUUGGUAAGCAAAAAGGAAAUUAAAUCAACGCAAACCCCAGAAACUUCAAAUAUACUCAACUACAUCAAUUAGAUAUUGAAACUUGAUAAUAAUGCAACAAUAUUGCAACUAUUUAAUAAACACAGAAGAAAAAUCUGAGGCAAAACUAGGUUUUGCCUCAAUCGGAAGACAACACCUUGUCUUCCGAUUGAUCAGAUAUCAACCGUUUCCCUGAAUCAUUCCCCACUUUCAGCAUUUAGCAUGUUCCCGGGUUUGGUUAGCGGCAUUAGGUUCACUGCCAAACACAAAACACUUGACCCCUCCCCAGAGGCGCUGCAGAAUAUAUGUUAUGCCUAUAAACAUGCUGUUCCAACAGCUGGCGUCAAUUUAGUUCAGUAGAAAGAUUUCAGAGCCACCUGAUGCAAUACUGGCGGGAUCGCAACUUUAAUUUAGUCAAAAAUGGAGAUGGUUAAAAAACGGGGAAACUAUAUCCUUCAUUUUUUUAUUACUUUUUAAAAAAGAUUUGUUCACAUUCGAAACGAUUGCCUUUUGUUAAUGCGAAAGAUAUGAGCUUGGUGCGUGUUUUUUAUUUUCUUGUUUGUGAGCAUUUCUUUUUGCGUACAACUUGGCCAGCCCUUAAGAGUCUUCCCAUUGUAAAUAUGUAAAAAAAUAUAUUUUUUGUUUGUUUUUUCAUGUAUUUCACAGGUGGCUUGUGGUUUGUUUACCUUGCAAAAACAAUGCUGUCUGAUCCUCCCUGUCGCUUAUCAUAUAGAAACAGUGGACAUCCGUAGUAAAACUUUAUGCUUUAUAGGCUAACGUUUGACUUAUCUACAGCUCUAGAAACGGAAGCCGUUGAAUUCUGUGUGUUACCAAGCUAUUGCUUGCCCUAGCCUUCAGGAACUGAAUCGGACUCUGCCUAACGUCACAUAACAAAAGAAUGGUGUGUAUCAGAGAGUAGUCCUCAGUGGAGAGCAGUCUCCAUCGCUCACCUCUUUCCCGCCAGAACACUGGGCAUGUGUCUGAGUAUGUUGAAGUGUUUCCAGACUGUCAGGCUAACCAUCAACAGACCAGAUUGGUGUACAAGUUAACCGACCAGUAAUCACAAUUAAUCAUCCCACUGGGACCUUUAGUGGGACAGAGGGGGGGGGGGCGGGGACUUAAAUGUAAUUGCCUCAAUCCGCCAAGAUAUCUCAACAGGCUUACGACCGACCUUGCAAAAUAAUGUACAUGUUUAAAGUUUAUAGACUGGGGGAUGUGAAACCUGACAUUUAUGUAGUCAUGUUAAAAUUGGAUAGUUAUUUUUUUCUUCCCUGUAUAAAGUUAGUUUUAAAACAAAUGAUCAAUGUUCAUGUCGGUUGUAAUGUACAUGUUUUCCAUUUGGACGUUUAUCAGUUUGGGCACAGCUUUUGGAGGGCCAGGCCCACUAGCCCCACCUGGUGGUAACGAUGGGUUACUGCUUUUAAAAAUAUAUGAUACACGUUUAUUCAGCACCUUGUAAGCCAGAUAUGCUGUAACAAGCAGAGUAACGCCCAUGAUAUGCUUUCAAACGAGCCAACUGAAUUCCAUCAAAUUAAAAUAAAUGUUUUUAAUUAA